AUGUUAUCAUCCUAUUGCGGCAUCAAGAAGAAAAAUGAAGCAGCAUUGUUGUAUUUAGUUAUUCUCUUCGUAUCUAAUCAUUUUUUGAAUUUAUUUUUCUUUUCCAUCGAUAUGGAAGGUUGUCCACGACUACCCGCGAUCGGUUUCGAUCCAAAAGUCUCCAUCGAAUCGGUUAAUCUAUGUGAAAAAAUUCCCAGUUACAUCACAUCAACGUAUCAAGAAUCAGGCGAUAAAUAUGCUAGUGAAUGUGAACAAAUGAAUCGCCUUCGUCAAAAUACAAUUAAUUCAACAGCAGAUCAAUCUGGUAUUCAGCUACUGAAACAAUACUACUGUCAAUUACUACUAUUACGUAAUCGUUUUCCGAUGUUACCUGAAACGGAAUGUGCGGUGCGAUUUACAUGGGAAGAUGCUUAUCAAAAAGAAGAAAAUUCUUACAAUGAUAUUCGAUUUGAAGAAGCGUGUAUUUUAUAUAAUCUUGGAGCAAUGUAUUCACGAUUAGGUGCCAAUGAAUCACGAAGAACACAUGAUAGCAUUAAAAAUGCGUGUACAUACUUUCGAUGUGCUGCUUCAUGUUAUGAAAAAGUACGUGAUCAGUACACAACAUAUACAUCGGACUUGACUCCAGAUUUAUUAACAUGCCAGGUUCAUGUUCUUUUGGCGCAAGCACACGAAGCUGUUCUGGAGAAAUCUUUAUUGGACCAACGAGCAGCGUCUGUCAAUGCUCACAUCGCCAUGCAAAUAUCAGAAUAUUAUCAAAUGGCACUUUUAAAUCUGACAAAGCCAGGAAUUAAUUCCAUUGUAUCUAAACGAUUUCGUGAAUGGCGUGUAGCUUUAACGUACAAAUUAUCGUAUUAUCUGGCUCUUGCAUAUUAUUUUUCCGGUUUGGUUGCCGAAGAAAGUAAAAAAUAUGGUCAAAGUGUUUGUUAUUAUGAAGCAGCUGUUGAGCGAUUGAAAGAAGCUUGGAAGAACGCGGAAAAAAUUUCAUCAGACAAGACGAACGUAUUCAAAGAUGCACAUACAUUCACCUACGAUGUUGUUAUGGGAAAAUUCAAGGUCGCUAAACGCGAUAACGAUAGUGUUUAUUUUGAGAAAGUACCAACAUUAUCAAGUUUACAAGCUGUUCAAGGUGCAAUUGUUGCAAAGCCACAACCGUUCGACUGUCACGAUGCAGAAGUGUGUGGACCUGAUAUUUUUCAAAAAUUAGUGCCAUUGGAUGCGCAUCUAGCUGCGUCAGAAUAUAGCGAAGAAAAAGCGAAGCUUUUGCGUGAAAUUGUCGAAUUAACAGAGAAUAAAAAUCGAGAACUCGAUACAUUCAUGCUAUGCCUUCAGUUGGAUCGUAUUCCAUUGAAUAACGAAUAUCUUCGUUUACCACGUGAAUUACUUGAAUGUUGCGCAGCUGUUGCUGCUCGUCCAAAUAUGUCAAAAGAUCUCGUUUCAGCUAUGCAGCAGGUAAAUAGCCAACAUCACGAUGUAACUGGUCAGCUGGAUGAGUUUGAACAAGCACUGACUAAUCUCGAAGAAAAAAAUGAUUCUGUCAAAUCAGACAAGGAGUACAAAGAUUUACAAACAAAUUUGAAGACUAUUCGCGAUAUGAUGAUACAAGCAAAUGAAAGUAACAUUGGAUUGCAUCGACAUAUGACAACAAUCAUUGAUCAUUUGAAAAUUCUUCAAUUACCUAUGGAACAAUUAGAAAAAACUCUACCGAUUAUAACUGAAUUUGAUGAUGAAGCAAAUAAGGCUAAACUAGCUCGUCUGGUUUUUCUCAAUGAGAAAGUUGAAACCAUGAAGAAACAACGUGAAACAUUACUGGCUGAUUUUCGUAAGAAAAUUCAUGAUGAUGAUAUCACGAAAUUGGUACUUAUGCAAAGACAAGAGAAUCACAAAGGUUUAUUUGCUAAUGAAAUGAAAAAACAUGAAGAGAUUACCAAUUAUAUCAAACAGAACUGUUCAGCACAAGACAAUAUUUUGCAAUCAUUGACAGAAGCGAAUGCCGAGAUUGCAGAUGUACGAACGAAAAUGGGAACGACAUAUGAAACACGUAAUCGAUUGAUUCAAGACUAUAUUAAUUCUUUCAAAGCUUUCGAAGAUAUUCUAUCGAAAGCACACGAAGGCAUCGAGUUUUAUAAAAAGCAAAGUGCAAAACUGGUUAAACUAAAUGAGCGUCUUACGUCAUUACAACCGAAAUACCAAUCACCAACAAUACCAGCCAUACCGUCGAGAUCAUCUUUACAUCGUCAAAUACCAUCAGCGAGACCUUCACGUCAGAGUCCAUUGCCUACUCGGUACGCUCAAGAUGUUCCUGAACCUCAAUUUCCAACACCUAGUUUACCGCCGACAACAUCCGAUCGACCUCGUUUGAAAGACUAUUUAGCUGCUAUGAAACCGGACACUUGGGGUUCGACGACUACUCGUUCAUCUAAGCGAUCAUCUGCUACUAGCCGUGAUGAUAAUUUGUAUAUACCUCCACCAAUGUCUAAUAUAGGCGAUGGUAACGAUCUUUCCAAUGCUUCAAUGCCAUCACCGACAUCGUUGCCUGCAUUUAAUCGACAUUCAUAUCAAAUUGAAUCUGCAACACAUUUUGAAAGACCAUCCAUGCCUCACGCACCCCUACCCGCGCAGCCUUUAGCGUACGAGCAGCCGAAAUAUAACCAGUCUUAUCCAGUAAAUUCUCAUCCAACUUUACCUGCACAAAGCUUCGGUAAUCAAUCUCAAGUGUCCUAUCAACAACAAUUUUACCCUUCACAACCUGCUAGUCAUCAACCCAAUAUUGCACCCCAGCCAACAUUUCAUCAGCCAGCACCGCCACAACAAACAAUCCAGCAGCCACCUCCUCCGAAUCAGCCUAUAUUUCAUCAACCAGUACCAACUCAACAAAUGUUUCAACAUUCCGUUCCUCAACCACCUCCUACUCAGCCAAUCUAUCAUCAGCCACCACCUACUCAGCCAAUCUAUCAUCAGCCACCUCCUACUCAGCCGAUCUAUCAUCAAUCACAAUUGCCACAACAGCAACCCAUUCCGCAACAGUUACCACCGCAACCACAAUUUUACUCGUCACACUCGAUACCACAACAACCGAUGUAUCAACCACCGCCAGUACAACAACAACAACAACAAUUCCAUCAACCGUCUUCGUUUCAACAGCCAGCACAGCCACCAUUUUCGCAUCAACCAAAUCAUUAUCAGAUACCACAAUCGCAACCACAACUGCCAACGACCACACUACCAACUCAACAACCAACGAUGUAUCAAAAUCAAAGUCUCACUGAUCCAAAUCGUUCUGCUCAACAAGUUCCGCCACCAACAAAAUUUGAUCCUUAUCGUCCACAACCAGUAGGAGCCUAUGAUAUUCCUAAAUCGCAAAAUACACCAUUCGUACCACAAAUAAUCCCACCAUCUCAACAGCAGCAACAGCAAAAUAUGAUGCCACCUACUGCCCGUCUUCAACCUCAAGAUGUUUACCGACCUGGUGGUCUACUUUCAACUAGUUCACCACAAAUACCCCCAGCAGCAAAUAUAAAUAACAACAGCACUAGUAAUAAUUACAAUACGAACCAAUUCGUACAAUUUGUACCUACUCCAACUCCUCCACUACCUCCACCAGUAACUCCUUUGAUUCCAUCACCUCCUGCUCCUGUACCAUCUCCACCCCCACCACUUGUUCCUUCGCCAUCCAGCGCUAAAGCACAAGUAGACCCAGUGUCAACUCAAUCCUCGAUACCUAAGAUUGACGAUGAUCUUCUGUCAAUAGCACUUGAGCAACAAUUAGAAACAACAGUAUCAAUGUCUAAUCCAAAACCAACUACUCGCACUCCUGAACCUGAAUGUCUCAGUCCAAUUGAUGAUGAAUUACAAUUGAAAAGUAAUGGCAAACCCAUCGCUUGUAUCCAACCACUAUCAAUCAGUACAGAAGAAAAACAGCCAGUGCAAUCACCUGUCACGCCAAUGCCUACUUUAACUUCGCAACAAUCACAAGAUUCACACGAUGAGAAAGAUAAAUUAGAUCAAUUAAUAGCUGACGUUCAACGUUUCGAAAAACACGUGAGUACAAUGACAAAGAAAACGUUAAAUGGUACCGUACCGCUCGAAGUCGAAUGGAAAGAAUUAUCAGAUUUACAAGAAAAGGAUGUUCACACACAAACAUGUGCAAUUGGUAAAUGCAAUCCAAAACUGAAUCGUUUUCAAGAUCUAAUUCCUUAUGAUAAUUCACGUGUUCGACUCGUUCAAUCCAACCACAACUCGCAGAAGCAUUUCAAUGAUUACAUCAACGCAACAUUGAUCGGAAAAAUUCGUGAUGCUUCAUUCAUUACUGCUCAAUAUCCAUUACAAAGUACGGUUGGUCAAUUUUGGUCGAUGAUCUACGAUCAACACGUUGCUAUUGUUGCUGUUCUUCUCAGGCCAGAUGAAAUGCAAUCGAUUGAUGUUUAUCCACAAAAAGUCGGAGAAGAGCUUCAAAUUUCGUUGUUCACCAUUACUUUACUCAGUACGAAGAGCCCUAAUCAAUUAACAAAUCACCGAAUCAUACGUGUGCACCAUUCACAAACGAAUCAGUCAAGAACUGUUGUAUGGCUCGAGCAUUUCGGUUGGCCACCAAAAGAAAUGCCAGAUAAUCCAGGUGAAUUGUUGAAAUUCACUCAAGAGGUACAACACUUUCUUACUCAAACACGAAACCCACGAAGUACAAUCUUAGUGACAUGCAUGAGUGGAGUGUCUCGUACAGGCCCAUUUUUGACUAUAUUCACAAGCAUUCAAGAUAUUGAUGAAGGUCGCUCGUUUCCCGAUUUGAACAAAAUAAUACGUUUGCUUCGUACAAAACGUCGCAAUAUGAUACAGGACAUGAAUCAAUUGAAAUUCGUAUACGAAGCUUUACUUCGCUAUGUACAGGAACGUCUAGUGAAAGCUGGAUUGUUAAAUGUUGGUUCGAUUAUUCACGAUCAAUCCACAUCGUCGAAUAUGAAAUCAAUUUCGCCAAAUACAAAAACUGUCCUACUCGCUGAGGAAAUGCAAACAAUAAUGGACAAAGCCAAACCUGUGGUGCAAUCUACGCCAAAUUAUGAUGUUGGUCCGAUUCUUUCAUCCACUCCAACGUCAACCAUCUUGGAAGAAAAACCACCAGCGAAACAAUUGACACCGAUCGAAGCAAACUUUAAUCUACGUCCCGAGGAGAGCCAUAUCAAACCUAAAACAACACGCGAAGAUUUCUUCCGAACAAAACCAUCAACAAUGAAAGAUCUAUCGGAUCCAUUUAAUCAAUUAGAUCCAUUAUGGACAUUUCGUUAA